GGAUGCACGAAACAGAAACAGUGGGACAGUCAAGCGCUCGCCAUUUGCGCCUUUCUCAGCACUGCAUGCGGCGUGAUCUUCCGCAGACCUAGCCUAUAAAUCCACAUGUGAGACUGUCGUUUCAAGCCUUCCUACACUUCAGUCUCAAGUUACACAUUGACCACGCUCUUUCAUGAGAUCUAUACAGCUACCUUACACCCUGGAGGACCGCAGCGGCCUUCUGUCUGCGUCAGACUAUGGUGAUAUAUACGAUCGCCUCUUUCUUCGUGUGGCACCCCAUCCUCAGCAGCCAGAAAGGAACGUUUGGGCGAUCUAUAACAUGGGACGGCGUUCGUCUCGUCAUGGUGACUCCCGUCAUUUCGACAAACACCCCGCCGUAGUCCUAGUGUUUGGUAAAGAUGGCGAACUUGGUGACAUUCAUUUUGUGCAGCCUCCUGCCAGCUCGUCAGUCCCUAUGAGCAAGUAUUUACGCAAAACGACAUUGUUUGGAGGGUCAUUGUCUCGGAAAUUCAAAGGCUCAGAUGGUGGAGAGUACCGGUGGAUAUACCAAACAGUCGAUAAUCACGAGUGGUCGUGCUUGAAUGGAGAAAAUUACCUAGUCGCACACUUCGACCUCAAGCCUCCCAAUAUACCAGUGUAUGGCGUCUCCGGAAACACCUUAACUGUCCAUGAAGGUUUCGCCCAUCUUGUCAUUGAAAUUCUCGCAUCGCUGACCAUCAUGCGUUACAUCGCCGAGCAUCGUCUAUGAUGAGCGAGGUCAUGUCUAAUGUCUACGCAUACCACUAUUACGUGAUGGAAACCUGUAUGGGUAGCCUGUAAUAGGCCUUUGUCUAGACUGUGCACGCUCUCCAUUCUUUUGAUUACCAGUUGGACUGAUAUAGGUCGAUGCACUCCUGGACUGUGGUGGAGUGCUGUUAGGAGUGAUGUCUAUCUUACUACGUCAUUAUAUGAACAAUGCAAACAGGAAAGCUACAACUAUUAGUACAAGACACGAGAGGAGAACAGUUACGGAUAACCGGAUAGCCUGUACUAUCGUUAUCGUGACAUGGGGCCUCGAUCCAUUGAUCCGGGCGGAUUAAGCAAAGACUGCAACUGAUCUAAAACGGCAGAUGAUGAUAAUCCAUCUUGCUGUUCUUCAUCUUGGAGCUUGAGUGAAGAAACC